CUGGUAGACGACGGAUACGCGUGGAGGAAGUACGGGCAGAAGACGAUCCUGAAGUCGGAGUUCUCUAGGCACUACUACAGGUGCACUCACAAGUUGGAGUACAAGUGUCCAGCCACCAAGCAAGUCCAAAUGAUCCAGGACAAACCCAACUCGAUCUAUCGAACCACCUACUCUGCCCACCACACUUGCAACAAUCACUUCCGUACCCUCCACCCAUCUUCUUAUGACCAAAACUUCCAGGUGGAUCCAGUCGAUGAUUCCGGCAGCUCCCACCUUAUCAGCUUCAACAACAUCAACAACAACAUUACCCCUUUUCUUACCUCAUUCUCUGCACCAUCUGCUCCAGUAGCGAAGCAACAACAUGAAUCGUUGGGCGACGUCGCCAUGUGUCAUCCUCAAACAGGAAACCUACCGGCAGCAGCGUCCUCUGGAGGCGAGGACGAUUACGAUAUGUUGUCCUCUCUUGUUGAUAUCGACUUCGAUCAAGAGUUUUUCAACUGGGUUGGGACGUCAUGA